CUCACGGCUGUAAUACCAUUCUAUAGCCGCAGACUUACAGUGUUUCUCUUUUAUUAACCGAGGUUGCAAGAUGAAGCACAACAACGUCUUACCCAACGCUCAUCGCGUGAAAUGCAGCGGCAAAUUCAUUCGUGCUGAGCUUGACCAGGCCGGCAGGAAGAAGCGUCGCUUGCUUGCCCGUAGGCAAAAGGCCGCUAAGGCGGGUGUGACCCCUGUGGGUUACUUGCGUCCUGUUGUACACAUGCCAAGUCGUCGUUACAAUUACAAGGUUCGUCUUGGCCGCGGGUUCACUAUCCAGGAGCUCAAGGCCGCUGGUAUUAGCAAGAAGGUGGCCAUGAGUAUCGGUAUCGCUGUUGACCACCGUCGUUGCAACCGCAAUGCCGAGAGUUUGAACCUCAAUGUUGAGCGUCUGAAGACAUAUUUGUCUAAGUUGGUUAUGAUUCCUCGUAAGAAGAAGGCCUGCAAGGGAUUCUGUGGUAUCCCUGAUGACACUCCUCGUGAGAAGUUGGCCACCAUGGUUCUCAAGCAGCAGAAGAUUAAGGAGGUUAUGCCUGUUGUGCAGCCAUUCGUUGCUGAGGCUCCUCGUGCCAUUACUUCUGAGGAGGCUGCUGCCAGCGCCUGCGAUACUUUGACCCAGGCGAGGAAGGCCGCCAAGGCUAAGAAGACUGAUGAGGAGUAAGCGGCUGCUUUUGGACAAAGUGACUAAUAUUCCUUGUAACCUUUUCACUUCUAUAUAA